GCGAGUUUGACCUAAUUGGCAUCCAGCCAAGCGAAAGAGCGACACAUGUGGGCCAAAGAUUAGGAACGUUUGUAUAACAUAAAAUUCACACCGAAAUGCACCUAGCAAGGUAGCCUCGUAAAAACGCUCGCAUGCAAGCUAGUGUGUGUAGCAGGAUUGUGUGGGAUUCUGCUCUGGUGCUACUGCGCACGCGCGUGGGAAGCCUGGGGUAGGCCCUGCUGUUUUUCUAACUCUAGUUCAAUCCUACGCUGCCGUCUCAACCAAAACAAGGAGCGAGAAAAUCCCCCUCCUGGACGGCAAAUAAACGAGUGUAACCAUUGCCAUCGAAUUUGACUUGUGUUUGGACUUAAAGCACUCAAUGACAACCAAAAGGAACCCUUCUGGAACUUUUCCGACCUAAAGAAGAUUUAAGAACAAAUUUGUGGAGUUUCACGAACAUUGCAGCUACAACAGAAAGCAUGACAUAAGUGGCUAUUGCUAAAAUGUGGUGCCUUCAGUCUCACGCCCGAUGGAAAGCACGUACACCCCACGGGGAUCCACAGCAGGCUUUUAAACCUUAACCUUCAUGUAAUCUCCGAGACUUCUGAUUGACCCUGCAUACAACAACAUUGAUAUUCACGCACACCUUCUGUCUAGUCCAGCGGCUGGCCUGUCUCUACAUCCUCUGGCAAACUCCUCUUUAUCUAGAGCAAGUAGACCUGGAGGUUUAUGUACAAAUGUCUACCUCACGCUUAAAGGUCCUCUCUCUACAUCUGCAACCUUGAACACUCUACAAAAUGACCUCCAGCAUAGACCGAGAUGACAGCAGCAUCUUUGAUGGGUUGAUGGAAGAAGAUGAGAAGGACAAAGCAAAAAGAGUUUCUAGGAACAAGUCGGAAAAGAAGAGGCGAGACCAGUUCAAUGUGCUCAUCAAAGAACUGGGCACCAUGUUGCCGGGUAACACCCGGAAGAUGGACAAGUCUACCAUCCUCCAGAAGAGCAUCGACUUCCUGCGCAAACAUAAAGAAAUCGCUGCACAGUCUGAAUCCAGUGAAAUCCGUCAGGACUGGAAACCUCCCUUUCUCAGCAAUGAGGAGUUCACACAGCUGAUGCUGGAGGCACUAGAUGGCUUUUUUCUAGCUAUCAUGACAGACGGCAACAUAAUCUAUGUCUCAGAAAGUGUCACGUCUUUAUUAGAACAUCUACCUUCUGAUCUUGUGGAUCAGAACCUGUUAAAUUUUCUUCCACUGGGUGAGCACUCUGAGGUGUAUAAAGCCCUGUCCACACACAUUCUAGAUGGGGAGACCCUCACCCCUGACUACCUAAAAACAAAAAACCAGUUAGAGUUUUGUUGCCACAUGCUCCGGGGCACGAUCGACCCAAAGGAACCGCCCGUUUAUGAGUAUGUCAAGUUCAUCGGAAACUUUAAGUCCCUCAACACUGUGCCUAACUCGACGCGUAACGGCUUUGAGGGAGUGAUCCAGCGAUCGCUGAGACCCGCUUUCGAAGACAGAGUGUGUUUCAUUGCAACUGUGAGGUUAGCCAAACCUCAGUUUAUCAAGGAAAUGUGUACUGUGGAGGAGUCCAAUGAGGAGUUUACCUCCAGACACAGUUUAGAAUGGAAAUUCCUGUUCUUGGACCACAGGGCGCCUCCCAUCAUAGGUUACCUGCCCUUUGAAGUUCUGGGUACGUCUGGGUAUGACUACUAUCAUGUGGAUGACCUGGAGACCCUGGCCAAAUGCCAUGAACAACUAAUGCAGUACGGUAAGGGAAAGUCGUGCUAUUAUCGAUUUCUAACCAAAGGUCAGCAGUGGAUCUGGCUACAGACGCAUUACUACAUCACCUACCACCAGUGGAACUCACGGCCCGAGUUUAUCGUCUGCACACACACUGUGGUCAGUUAUGCUGAAGUGAGAGCUGAACAGCGGCGAGAACUGGGCAUUGAGGAGUCGCCUCCUGAAAUCUCGGCAGACAAGUCCCAAGACUCCGGCUCUGAGUCUCAGUUGAACACCUCCAGCCUGAAGGAGGCGCUGGAGCGCUUCGAUCACAGCCGCACACCCUCCGCCUCCUCAAGGAGCUCUCGCAAGUCCUCCUCACACACAGCCGUCUCCGACCCCACGUCCACACAGACAAAACCACAAACGGACCAUAUCACACCUCCCCGCCAAUCAGUCUCAGCCAUUGAGAUGACAUCACAGCGGAGGUCCUCCAUUAGCAGUCAGUCUAUGAGCUCUCAGAACACGGCACAGACGAUGGCAACAUCCCUCGUGUCUCAACCUCAGCAACUUCAGCCUAACGUACAGCCGGUGCUGCAAUUUUCUACGCAGAUGGAUGCGAUGCAACAUCUUAAGGAUCAGCUGGAGCAGCGCACGCGCAUGAUCGAGGCCAACAUCCAGAGACAACAAGACGAGCUACGGCAAAUACAAGAAGAACUGCAGAGGGUGCAGGGACAGAACUUACAGAUGUUCUUGCAGCCAGGAGCAGGCGGUAUCAACCUCGGCUCGGUGCAGUUGGCGCAGGGAUCGUCUGUGCAGACAGGGGGCGCUCUUUCCAUGCAGGGUGCAGUGGUGCCAGCAGGCAGCCUGCAAAGUGGUCUGCAGUCCACGCACACAGGGACACAACACACCGUCACACAGCAUUCUCAACAGGCACCUGCACCACCACCACAACAACAGCAGCAGAACCUUAUCAGAGAUCAGAGCUCAACACUAACACAGCAGCCUCAGAGGUCAUCUCACACACUGCAGUCUCCUCAAGGAGCAUUGCCUGCAUCUUUAUAUAAUACCAUGAUGAUCUCUCAGCCUGCCCAAGCCAACGUCGUGCAGAUCGCCACAAGCUUGGCCCAGAACAGCACGCCCAGUGGUGGCACUGUCGCCACUUUCGCACAAGAUCGGCAGAUAAGGUUUCCGGCUGCUCCACAGCUUCUCACGAAGCUUGUAACCGGUCCAAUGGCAUGCGGUGCAGUUAUGGUGCCUACCACCAUGUUCAUGGGGCAAGUGGUGACUGCGUUUGCACCACAGCAGGGCCAGGCUCAAACUAUCAGCAUCGCCCAGCAGCCGUCUGCGCAGACGCAGGAGCAGCAGGCCCAGACGCAGUCACAGACGGCUGUGGGAACGGCCCAACAGCAAGGCCAGGCCCAAGCUCAACUUGUCCAGCAACAAACUCAAUUUCUGCAGGGUCCUCGACUUAUCCACGGUAACCAGUCCACCCAGCUGAUUCUCCAGGCAGCUUUUCCCCUGCAGCAGCAAGGCACCUUUGCAGCCGCAGCACAACAACAUCAGCAACUGCAGCAGCAACAACAGCUGCAGCAGCAGCAGCUACAUCAGCAGCAUCAACAACAGCAGCAGCAGCUGCAACAACAGCAGCAACAACAGCAGCACCAACUGCAACAACAACAUCAUCAACAGCAGCAGCAGCUGGCAGCUCAUCGAUCCGACAGCAUGUCGGACCGUUCCAGUGCGCCGCCUCAGUAGCAGCAGCGGACGAUCGCAUGGCGGAGACCGAACCAAACCUCUGCUGAGCAGUCUUGAAGGCCGGGGGCUUGCAUUCGGUGGAUUGAGGGAGUGCAUUUGGAGAUAUGACACAAAUGGUAUUUGUAAUGUACCCUCAUAUCCUUCCACUGUUUGGAGGUGGAAAGGCAUAACGCGCCCUCUCCAGCCUAUUUGUUUGGCGGCUUGCAUGGAAUUCUGGAAGAGGUCCGACCACAAGUCGCCGAACGUUCGGCUGGUUGGCAAGAGAUGGAGCGGUGGUGUUUGGUUUGGUUUCUUAAAGCCACAAACUAUCUGCACUUCUACCUUCGCCACAGUAAGAAGAGGGGCCUGCCUUUCAUGUUCCCCUUCGUGUCGUACGCCCCCCUUUUACAGGUUUAUUUAUGCAGAACGCUCUGGUUAAAAACUUGGAGCUUGUGCUUCGAGACUUCAAAGAAGUCCUACAGAACAAACAGCACCUCCAUCUAUCUGUCUAUCUAGCUAUUUCUUCUUCGUUUGUCCUCAAUUCCUCUUUCCUUUUACAUUUUACUCGUGGAAGUAAUUAUGGGUCAGAAAAUAUUUUUAAGAAUGUCGAGUGGAUUCAACAUUUAUUGUACAGUUCGCCUGUAAAAUAAUGUGUAAAUAUAUGGACAAAAGGAAAGAGAAAUUAAUAUUUUAUAUGAUGCAUGAGAUGAAAAGCGUAGUCUGUUAUUUGUAGCUUUGAAUAUACAUUUUUCUAAUAUUCAAAGGCAAACGUAAUACACAUAAUGGCUGAUCUCUUCACAGACUUCCUUUUUCCAGUGGGAUGAUGGGGGUGAGUACGUACGUGUGUAUGUAUCUAUGUGCUUGCGCACAUGCGUUUGUAUGUAUGCGUGUCUGUCUGCCGAGCAGGCAAUGCUGGAUCCACGGUUUGUGUCACAGUUGGUUUAAAAAUCACCUUCAUAUAAACAACAGAUGACUUUGAUAUUUUGCAGUACGUUAGACAGUAAUUAUACAGCGAUUGCAAAAACAUAGUUAUAUUACAUUUAGAGAGAUGCUCUAGGUUUGUAAAUACUUUGGAAAGAGAAGGCUACGGUUAGGAUUUUAAACGGUUAGACAAAGAUAUCAAAAUGGUGCUUUGACUGUAAAAUGUCCAUAUUUAUGCAUAAGUCAUUACAGGUUUUAAUGGAAUGGCAGUAAAGCCUUUCAUGACAUCCAUUUCUAUAUACAGAUGAUGUUUUAGAUCAGUGUUUGUCAAAUAAAGGCCCAGGUUCCAUUCAACGGGGGCCUCAAACACUUUUAAUGGAGUAUAAAAAUGACUUAAAAUUAUUAAAGGAUUAGUCAAUUUUCUUUAAAAAAAUCCAGAUAAUUUACUCACCACCAUGUCAUCCAAAAUGUUGAUGUCUUUCUUUGUUCAGUCGAGAAGAAAUUAUGUUUUUUGAGGAAAACAUUUCAGGAUUUUUCUCAUUUUAAUGGACUUUAAUGGACCCCAACACUGAACAGUUUUAAUGCAGUUUAAAAUUGCAGUUUCAAAGGACUCUAAACGAUCCCAAACGAGGCAUAAGGGUCUUCUCUAGCGAAACAAUUGUCAUUUUUGUCAAGAAAAAUAAAACAUAUGCACUUUUAAACCACAACUUCUUGUCUAUCUCCGGUCCUGUGAUGCGCCAGUGCGACCUUAUGUAAUACGUCAUCACAUCAAGAGGUCACGGAUGACGUAUCGAAACUACGCCCCAGUGUUUACAAGUGUGGAGAAAGAGGACCGUUCCGACGUUGUUGUAUGUAGAAUGAUACAAAUUAAUGUCUUCGUGUCAGUUUAUUGUAAAAUGAUCUGCAAAUGUGCGUUUCAUAUAUGUAACACGUGACUUUCCACAGCAUUACGCAAUUACGUGAGGUCGCACUGGCGUGUCACAGGACC